GCCAUUGUGCGCGUUCGUUCCGUGCAUAUCAUCGAUCAUAUGCUAAGUGAGGCGCGCACUUACACUUGCGUCGGUCGUACCGGCGGCAAGACCAUUUACAGCUCAACAAUCGUCUAUCCGCAACCGGAUAUGAAAGAGCUGGUGCAGGUGCGUGAUAAACCAUUCCCUGGCCCACAAAAACCACGCAUUGUUUACAAUGAAAAGCUCCAUUUGGAUUUGGUCGAUUCGAAUAUUGUGUUGCCUUGUAAGGUGCAUGCUCGCCCACGUGCUGAGGUCUUCUGGAUGAAUGGCGAGGGCAAAUUGAUUGAACAAAAUCAUCGUUUCAAAAUUCUACCCUCUGGCGAUUUGUUGAUCUCGAAUAUCAAAUGGGAAGAUAUGGGCGCUUACAGGUGUAUAGCACGCAAUGCCAUGGGCAAGGAUACUGCGGACACAUUUGUCUAUCCAGUACUUAAAGAAGACAAAUAAGCCAGUUGUGAAAAUGUAAAAAGGUCUCCCCUACGCCCACCAUACACACACACAACAACCGCAAAUACACUUUACGAGGCAGAGUUGUACGUAUGUAAAUGAAUGCACGCGAUAAAAAAAAAA